AACGUGGAAUGGAAGGGAUAGCAUGGCUACCGCCUGGUGACGUUCCGCUCGGCCGUCGUCGGUGUCAGAUGCUUCGGAAAACAUCUGGUGAACAUUCAGCGAACGUGCGCCGCCGAUAGCGAUCCCGUCAAGAGAGUGAGAGUACCGCGGCGUCGUGGGUGAGGAUUGUGACAACGCGAGAAAACCGCAAACAUGAUGAACAUGUGGAAAGUGCGGGAGCUGAUGGACAAGGCGACCAAUGUCGUGAUGAAUUACACGGAAACGGAAGCCAAAGUUCGCGAGGCAACCAAUGACGACGCGUGGGGUCCCACAGGGGCAAUGAUGCAAGAACUGGCUCAGGCUACAUUCACGUACGAGCAAUUUCCAGAGGUGAUGUCCAUGCUCUGGAAAAGGAUGUUGCAAGAAAAUAAACGAAAUUGGCGACGAACGUAUAAGUCAUUACUCCUCCUCAAUUACUUAGUUCGUAAUGGCUCGGAACGAGUCGUCACAUCGUCACGCGAGCAUAUCUAUGACCUCAGGUCUUUAGAAAAUUAUACGUGCAUUGACGAAUUCGGGAAAGAUCAAGGAAUAAACAUUCGACAUAAAGUUAGGGAAUUAAUUGAUUUUAUCCAAGAUGAUGAUAAACUUAGAGAGGAAAGGAAAAAAGCCAAGAAAAAUAAAGAUAAAUAUGUUGGUUUGUCGAGUGAAGCGAUGGGAAUGAGAUUUGGGGGUGGUGACAGAUGGAUGGACAAUCCUAAGUGGAAGAAAUCCGGCGUAGAGUAUAACGAUUGGGAAAGUCGUGGGAAGGGAGGAUUUGAGGACGCAAAUAAUAGUGACGAUGGCGAAAGAGAAGACUCGGACAACGAUACUAGCCCAAAGAAAGGUGGACGAGAAUAUAGGGAUACGUUGGACAAUAUAAAUCAAAUUGGUAAAUCUGCUCAAACAGCAAUAUCUUCUACAAAUGCAUCUCCGGCACGAACAACAAGAACUAUCAAAAAAGUAGAUCUCGGAGCGGCAGCAAAUUAUGGAAAAGAACAAUCUAAUAAUAGUGCACCGGUGCAACAAAAUAAUAGUUUAUCAUCGCCAAGAAAUCAACAAAAAACCAAAAAUGAUAUAUUAAACGACAUCUUUGAAUCGCAGAGCGACAAUAGUAGACUAGACGAUGAAGAUUUCAAUCCACGAGCGAACACUCAAUCACUUACUCAGUCACAAAAUGCAAACGCAGACUUUGGCGAUUUUACUAGCGCGUUUAAUAAUUCCACGACGGUGAAGACGAAAGAUAAUAACGACGAGUUUGCCGAUUUCACAUCUGCCUUUAAUAAUGUCGCUGUAUCUAAUCCUCCAAGUCAGCCGCAAUCGCAAAUCAAUUUAAUGGGUGUUACAAUACCAAGUGUAAAUAAUCCAGCGAAUAAUAUGAAUAAUAGUAACGCAACGUACGCCAGUGCAAUGCAAACCGCAGGCACAACGGCAUUUACUGGGACUCCCGCUAUUCAAAAAACAUCUAACGAUCUAUUUGAUUCCUUAUCAUCACCAAAUCUCAAUAACCAAAUUACAAAUAAUAAUACAGUGACAUCAAAUACGGAUCUCUUAUCGGAUUUGGACAGUGUGAAUGCCUCAGCCAUGAGGCUACCCGAUGGGCGAAUAAAUAACACUAAUAAUUCGAAUAUUUUUAUGGGAAUGAACAAUACACCUACCAGUACCGUUAAUUACGCAGCCUGUAAAUACGAAGAGAGCGUCAUGUCAAUCGAGAAUCUCUCCAAUAAUGCUGCCAAUCAAUUAUUGGAAGUAUUGUGCACCAUGCACGAUAUUAAAAGUCGUACUGAUUUGGAGAAAAUAAGAUCGUCCAUUACGAAUUACGUCAGAUUUUUGCCGGGGCCUGCCACUCUGCAAAAGUACAGCGGUCUUGAUCUCGACGUGAGAGUGGACGCCAUAUUGUACGGCAGAAUUUUGGAGGAGAUAAUUGAUAAAUUCGAUCGUGAUUGGCCGCUAAAUGAAGAUGGCUUGGACCCUACGAUCGAAAAAUUGAUGAUCGUCGAUGGUGCAACAGUCUCCAUGUUAUUAGAAGCUUUGAGAGCUUUAACUAUCGCUUUAAAUGAAUCCAAAGAUGAGAAGAAAACUCACGUUAUUUCAAUGUUAUUGAGCAAUCUGUUAAAGAGCGAGGCGAUAUUUUCGGGGAUAUUGGAUGCGAGUAGAGACGAAGAGCGAUCUUACAUCCAAGAGGAAGAACUCGAUCAGAUCUGGCGAAGUGUGACACAAAUUUUAGUCUCCCUGCCCAAUCGCGUGUCGAAUAAACUGCAGUUCAAUACGCCGAAAUCUUGCACGCCGGAAGUAUACAUAAAGAUUCUUUGCUUUCACAUAUCUUGCGCGAUAUCGUUUAUCAAUGAGUUAUGUAAUCAUGAUAUUAAGUCAAAAACAUUUGCACUCUCAUUUUUAAUCAGCAAAAUUGUAAUCAGUUUGAAACCAUGUGAUUUCACGUGCUUUUCCGAUAUUUUUGAAGAGUGGUGUCUCGAAAACAAAAAGAACGAGCGACGUCUAAUCGAAGAUAUACUUCGCGAAUUGGAUUCAGUCGCCAUUGAACACAUGGCCGUUUUGUUCUUGAAACGUUGUGAUUCCAAACUCGGUGUGCGUCCUAUUUUCGGCAAUUUAUUAACGGAAUCGAAUUGGAGAUACAUUUUAACGACCAAAAUUCCUUUAAUGCGUUAUUACGAAAACGAAAAGCUAGUUAUAAAUUUAAUUUCCUAUUUGUCAUCUUUUUCGAAUAAAAAUAACAUUUUAUCAGAAUUACUGAUCAAGCUUUUGGAAAUUUGGAGGGAUAAAAGUAUUUUGAAUCACGUCUCUGUGGAACAACAUAGGUACAUUACGAAGCUGAUCAUCCUGUCUGUAAAAACUUGUAAAGAUCUUUUAAGUCAUGUCGAAAGGGAUCAAUGUCAGAAACUGUUGCUUUCUGGUGUAUCCGUCCAUCUUGAGUGUACAAAUAUAACUUUGAGAGCGAUGGGCAUGAUAGUCGCCGAAAUUUGCAUAAGUUCCUUAUGUAAUGAUAAUUCACCGACAUUGAAGUUUGAAUAUGAUAGCAUGCCUGCACCGGUGUUAGAGCUACUUCAAUCUCUAAGGGAUCUAAAUGCGCUUGUAAUGACUGUAAAUAUACAAGAACAGUGCGAGCGAAGUGGCGACUUAAUAACAGGAAAUAUUGUUUUCGAGUCUUCGAGUAGCAAGAAAAUUUACGAAUUAGGUGUUAACUGUGACAUUUUGCCUAGCAUUGAAAAUCUGUCCAGUGAAAAAAUUGAGAGGAAUACAUAUCUAACAUCAGAAAAUAGCGCGUUAAAAGAUGAUUUGACAAAAAAGAAUGAAAUGAAACAACAAGCGAAACCGAAUUAUAAUAACGAUUCGGAUCUGGACAGUGACGACGAUCUGGUUCCUUACGAUAUGAACGACGAUAAACCGUCCAGUAAAACACGCCCGAUGUACUUGCGAGAUUUACGCGACAAUUUUACGGAUGAACGUACUUUUUCCAAUCCCGAUAUUUUCUCCGAAUCCCUGCUGGCCUGUGAGGAAUUAAUAUUGACGCAAUUGCCUAACGACGAUGUGUCAUUCGCGAUAGAACUCCUGCAGCUACUCGUCACGUUGAAGCAACAUUCUUACGUAGAGAACUUUGAACUUGUGAUUUUCAAAUGCUGCGUGGCAAUUUUGACUGUGCGCCCGAAGGAAUGCGCCGAGUUUCUCUGCAAGGAAUUUUACGAGGACAUGGGAAAGUACUCGCUGAGUCAUCGCUUGCUAUUCCUAGAUAUAUUGGCCGAGUCCGCCAGGCAGUUAUCAAAAAUCGAUGUCGAUGACGCAGAUACCGCCGAUACUACCGUGGAUACUGUAGUCAAGAAGAAACGAAUUCCAAGCCGCAUAUCACUUUUCAUCGAUACGCAAGAGAAUAAAAAACAACAAGCGUGGUACGAUGAAGAUUUUGACAUUGAUCUAGAAGCAUCGAAAAAUCAGUCGGCAGAUUGGCAAGAAAUCGUUGAUAAGAGAAUUGCGUCGCGCACAAGACGAUUCGCUCAUCAUUCCAAGUCUCCCAAGUUACAUAUUAAUCACUUCGGAAACGUAGCUUCUUCAUUUUUCUAUCCACUUCUGCACGGUUUUGGCCAUCGAGAUGUUCUUAAGCUUAGUAACAUAAACAUUUAUCAAGAUCAGGAAAAUAUUUUACUCUUACGUUAUCUGAAAACAUUGUCCGCCAUAAUGUUGGCAGCGCAAAAUUGUCCGUUGGCAUCAAAGAUGGGUAAAGAGAUACUAGAGCUUAUGUGGAUAGUAAGGAAUCACAAUGAGGCGACAGUGAGAUUAGCCGUUACAGAAAAUAUUGGAUCUGUACUUAUUGCAGUGCCAAAGGAAGCUAUCAUCGAUGAAUUGUCUGAACCUUUAAUGGAAAUAAGAGAGUGGCUUGUAUUGUCGCAGAACGUCGUCAAUGGCGAACACGAUGCAAAUUGCAGGGCCUUAAACGCGAAAGUGCUAUCCUUUAUUAAUUUAAUUAUAAGCUCCACUUUUAAUUGUGUGUAGAUUAAUUGAGAAUCAAUUAAUUAAAUAGUGGAAUAUUAUUAUUUAAAAAAAAUUCGUCGUUUUUACAAUAUUAUAAUAUUACCAUAUUUAUACGAUAUUAUGUAUGUAC